AUGGCCCAGCGACUGGUGUGCAUUUGCCGGCGCGGCAUCCCUCCUCGACACAGACGAUUCAGCAGGAAUGUCUUUACAAAGGACCAGGUCAAGACGGCCGGACUGGAGAAAACUCCUCACACUCCAAACCAAGUAGUGACGGAAGUCCCACAGUCGACCGAGCCUUCAGUUAUCGACGUCCCCAGUCCGCUCUGCCGGAUACAACGACGGAGGCCGCUGGGCAUCGCUCUGGGGACAUCCUUAACUACAUACCUCUGCGGUGACCUGCUAGCGCAAGAGGUUGGGGGAGAACCAUAUGACGGGCGGCGCACGCUGAGGAUGAUCAUAGUGGGAAGCUUAGCGUCUAUACCAGGCUACAAAUGGUUUCUCUUCUUGGGCAGCCACUUCAACUAUGCCUCGAAAUGGGUCUCGAUUGUGGUCAAAGUUGUCAUUCAAGAAUUUUUCUUUGCACCCAUCUUCAACACAUAUUUCUUCGGCAUGAAAGCCAUGUUAUCGGGCGAAUCACCACCAGUUAUCAUUCACCGUAUUGUUUCGACCGUGCCGGAAAGCGUGGUGAGCUCGGCCAAGUUCUGGCCCGCCGUCACAGCAAUGAACUUCACCCUUGUUCCCGCGCAUCUUCGAUUUGCCUUCUCUGGCUUCUUUGCCGUGAUUUGGCAAACAUAUUUGUCGUAUCUGAACCGACGUGAGGAGAAGACUGCCCCUCAGGGCACGUUAGCUGACCAAGCCCGUCAGAAGCUAUACGACGGACGCCCUUUCAGCUUCCGUUGCUGGUAUCUUGGAUGGUGUUGA